GAGCGCACGCAUUUCAUCGCGCGCACCGCAGAUUUUAUUUAGCGAGCAAGAGGUGGAAGGAUUAAUUUGGAUCAAAUAAACCAUCGUUUUCUCAGUAAUUCUCAAGAAAACAAAAUGGAAGGAGGUGGUGCAUAUGGAGCAGGGAUGGCUGGAAAGCCAUUUGAUGUCUUAGAAUACAUCAAGAAACCUUCUGUUAUAUUGAGAUUCAUUAGUUGGAUAUUUGCCAUCAUCGUGUUUGGAUGUAUAUCAGCCGAGAAGGAUUACAAUUUUGGAGGAGGUGUUAUUGCCUGUCCUUAUGGGGGAGUGAGUGGUGCAUGCGGUUUUGGCAUCUUUGUUGGGGUGAUAGCGUUCUUAGCGUGUAUGGUUUUUCUUGCCAUCGAUGCAAUGUUUGACAACUGGAGCAAUGUGCAGCACAGAAAGAUGGCUGUCAUGGCCGAUUUAAUCUUCUCAGGUAUUUGGACCUUCAUGUAUUUUGUUUGCUUCUGCUACCUAACAAACAAAUGGGUCGGCACACCAAGCAUAGUCAAGAAUGGACCGGGAGUCAGUUCAAUUCAAGCAGCUAUCGCAUUCUCCUUUUUUUCAAUUAUAACUUGGGCUCUUCUUAGUGUGCUGGCGUUCAUGAAAUUCAGGCAAGGCUCCCAGUCUGCGUUCGCCCCCAGUUUUGAGCCUAGCGAGCAACCCACCCCUUACCCCGGCAGUACGGCAACCAGUGUGGGCAACGACUCGUACCAGCAGCCCCCGUUUGACACCGGCAAGUCCGAUGCAGGCUUAUCGGCCCCGCCCUCGCAACCUCAGUACCAGGCUCCAUCGUACUAGCGGCCGGCAUGGACAGCGCCCUCGUGUGUCCAGAGGAGCGUAGAUGCGGUGUUACUACAUCCGUGAUGCAGACAUUCUGUAAAAUGUAGAUAUAUGGUGAACCUUCCUUUUGUAGAAGUGUUAAAUAGUGUACGAGACAAAGUGUUCCAUUAUUCCAACUUGUGUUGGUUGGGGGAGAUAUCGUCAGAUGUGUAAUAAGAAAUGAAAAGUAUAUGUGACAGAGGAAUUGAAUCAAUGUGUAUUUUGAUUGCAUUUUCGAUAAUCCUGAACGUCGUGUAAAUGUGUUGCCAACACCAAAGUCUGUUAUAUUAAUAUGUGUUGUAUAAUGAGAAUAUGAUGUGAUGCUGAGAGUUAACUUGUCCCAUCCGGAGUGACCGGUUAUAUGAAAAGGCCAUGUUUAUAAAGUGAGCUACACCACCCUAACGAGAGACCCCCUUGACUUGAAUGCAAAAGUAAAGGCACGCCACCGUGUAUGUGUGUGUGAGAGGUAUUGUUAUUACCCUUCGAUGCCCUGCUGCAAAUUGAAACCCAAUCAGGAGAUGAAUGAUGUAUGCAGCAGACGCCGGCGUCACCGCCGCUCACUUCGCGUUUUAAGUCGUCUUGUUUAUACGUCAUUAUACAGUAAUCAUGGGAUACGCAUGUGGCCGUGUAUACGUAUUUGUAAUAUUUAUCACUUUG